AUGGAAAACAAAAUCCAUAUAGCUGAAACUUCUGGUUCUAGUUCGGAUAUUCAGCAAACAGAAGAUGAGAAAAAGAUCACAACAGAUUACUAUUCCGAGAUUGAUGAGGACAAAUACAAUAGGAUAGUCAAGCUAUUGGGAAAGCCUAAGAAUUCCGAUGAAACGGAUGCUGCCCAAGAUAUUCAUUAUGUUCUGGACAAGAUCGAUGGGCUGAGCUUGGAGGAUGCCCUUGAAAUUCUUCGUACUGUUGAAAAGAACCAUAAGAACGAUUUGAAUUUUCCUAAAACUUCCAAGAAGAAGAUUGAACAGCUUCUUCACCAACCAGAACUCUUCUCUAAGGAUGAGUAUGAUUUUGGAGCAAAAGCUGAGGCUGCAGUUAUUUACUAUUUCUCACUUUAUCCUGAAGUCAGAGCAGUCACUGCUCCGCAGGAUGAUCCUGAAGAACCUUGUGAAACCAUAAGAGCUUACAUUUUAGGUUUAGCAUGGGCUGUAAUUGGUCAAUUCAUCAACUCUUUCUUUAAUUCUCGUUAUCCUAACGUCACCAUUAACUCCGUUGUGUGCCAAACUUUGCUUUAUCCUUGUGGUAAACUCUUUCAACUUAUCAUUCCAGACUGGGGUUUCAAUUUUCGUGGGAUUCAUUACUCUUUGAACUCUGGUCCUUGGAGUUAUAAGGAACAGAUGUUUGCAACCAUUAUCUUUAAUGUUUCCAUGACUUCCGUCUACGUUUUCUAUAAUAUUCAAACUCAGGAGGUUUACUAUGAUGAUGAUUGGCUAGAUUCUGGUUAUAAGAUUUUGCUAAUCCUUUCUACGCAAAGCAUGGGUCUUGGUUUUGCAGGCUUGUUGAGAAGAUUUGUUGUCUUCCCAGUGGAGGCUAUUUGGCCUACCGUGCUACCAACUAUGGCCUUGAACAGAGCUUUAUUGAUUCCAGAAAAUAAAGAAACGGUCCACGGAUGGAAAAUAUCCAAAUAUCCCAUUGGUGGUCUUAUUAUUUUGGCAAUCUAUUACACUAACACCAAAUGGUCAGCCUAUUUCCCAAUUAAUUCUUCUAGUUUGUACGACAACACAGGAGAAUCUUACAAUGUUACUAAGGUGAUAAAGAAUGGACGAUUAGACCAACAGAUGUAUGAGAAUUAUUCUCCUCCCUUUUUCUCAGCAGCUAACUUGUUGUCUUACAGUGCCUUUUUCAUGACCUAUCCAUUACUUUUCAUCUAUGUUCUCGUUGAUCAAUGGCAAAUUGUGGUCAGAGCUUAUGGAGAUAUAUGGAAACUUAUAAAGGGUACAUCAGCUCGAGCCAAGAAGGGAUGCGGUAUGGCCUUUCACAGCCUUGCCAGGGGUAACUUUAAGGGAUUCUUCACUGGAAUUGGACAUAUCUUCUCGGAAGGAAAAUCUGUUUACGAUGGAUUUGAUGAUCCGUUCACACGAUCAAUUAAGAAAUAUCCAGAGGUGCCUAAUUGGUGGUUCAUGAUAGUGGUUCUUGUUUCGUUUAUCUUUGCUAUUAUCCUAUUAACUGCUUACCCGUUGGGAACACCAGUGUGGACUAUUUUCUUUGUUAUUGGUAUCAACAUUAUCUUCUUGGUUCCAAUGACUUUGAUGAGUGCCACUACAGGAAUAACUGUUGGAUUAAACGUUUUAGUGGAACUAGUUAUUGGUUAUGCACUUCCAGGAAAUGCGGAGGCUCUUAUGUUUGUCAAAGCCUAUGGUUACAAUAUCGAUAGUCAGGCAAGUACCUACACUUCUGAUCAGAAGAUGUCUCACUAUUCGAGAAUUCCUCCAAGAACCGUAUUCAGAGGUCAAAUCGUGUCUACUAUCAUCACCAGUUUUGUUAGCUAUGGCGUUGUCAAUUUUGUGGACACCAGUAUCAGUGGAAUCUGUACAACAACACAAGCACAAAAGUUUACUUGCGCCAACGGUUCUCGUGUCUUCUUCAGUGCUUCUGUCAUGUGGGGAUUGAUUGGUCCAAAGAGAGUGUUUGGUGAGCAGUAUCCUGCUCUUAAAUGGAUGUUCCUUGUGGGAUUCAUAGUGGCUGUCGUUUGGUGUGGACUCAAAAAAUACGGUGCAACCAUCCGUGAAUGGAUCAGAGAGAGCAUUCCUCAUGCAAUAUUCUCUGCUCUUGACUCGACCAUCUUCAAAGUAAUUUCCCUAUUAAGGAAUGUUCAUCCUGCUUUGAUUACGAUUGGUGUCAUGGAAUGGGCACCACUUAAUAUGGCAUUCCAGACAAUGGGACUAUACUUGUCGGCAUACUUUAUGUAUUACUUGAAACGACACAAAACCUCGUGGUGGGAAAAGUACAACUACGUGCUUUCAGCUGGUCUUUCAGCUGGUGUUGCCUUCUCGGCUAUUAUCAUCUUCUUUGCCGUUCAAUACCACUCGAAGAACGUAAGUUGGUGGGGUAAUAAUAUUACUGCAGAAGGUGUUGACGGUUAUGCUGGUCAGACCGCUCUUUACACUGACCUUCCUGAUAAGGGCUAUAUUGGACCAGAUUAUUGGUCAUGA